CAUGCAAAUGCGCUCGCGCCUCUCUUAUUGUGGAGCUCCGCGGUCCGACUCGCAGUGACGCCACUAAGAAGGACUCGACUCCUGUCGCGGACUUUACUGCUUUCCCUCUGGACUUUUAUGUACAACAUGACGUUUGAGGAGCUCAAUGGCGACUACUCUCAAGACAGAAUGGACUCGGCAGCCAAAGCUUUGGAAGAAGUGCUGACUUCUGCACUGCCCCAGGGCUGCAUCACUGUCGGGGUGUACGAGGCCGCAAAGUCCCUCAACAUAGACCCAGACAACGUGGUGCUGUGCAUCCUGGCUACAGACGAUGACGACGACGACGUGAAGGACGUGGCGCUGCAGAUCCACUUCACGCUGAUCCAAGCUUUCUGCUGCGAGAACGACAUCAGCAUCCUGCGGGUCAACAACACCCGCCGCCUGGCGGAAAUCCUCGGCAGAGGAGCCGGGAAACAGAGUGGGGCGGAGCCCAUGGACCCACACUGCGUCCUUGUCACGAGUCCACAUUCCUCCUGGAAGGAUCCAGCGUUGAGCAAACUGAACCACUUCUGCAGAGAGAGCCGGUGUCUGGACCAGUGGGUGCCCAUCAUCAACCUCCCGGAGAGAUGAAGCUCCGGCUCCCGGCCCCGCGCGAGGACAGGACUCUGUUAUACCAAGUUCCAAAGUUGAGGUUUCAAAGAGCCCGAAAUCAACAUGGGAUGUUUGACAGCAGCAGGGAGGGCUUCCUCCUGCACGUUCAGCCGCCACCCAGGACCAAGCACUUUCACCGCCCUGGGGUCGACAGUCGAGACAAAAACAAGCCUGUUUGCUUUUCACUGUGAAGCCCGACUGUGUUUGGAAGGAUGAGCUCAUGUGUUGGUUCUGUGACCGUUGAGUGGACCGAGUCCUCUGCAGAAGCACUUGAUGACACACUGGACUGUUGGAUAUUGCCGUCGUAAUUUAAAAAGGGAAGGGCUGUUUGCAUUUCACAUGCUUUUGUUACGAUUAUUUAAGUUAUUUGCAAUGAUAUUUAAGUGUAUUUAUGUUGACGUUUUUUACCAACGUGUUGCUCUUAAUAAAAUGUUUUU